AAAUAGCCAUGGCGCUUGCUGAACUAAACCUAUUAUUUUAGGGUUUUUGUUUUGGAUUAGAGAGUCUGAUUAAGUAGAAUCAGUAGUAAUAUUUUAAAAAAUUAGGGUUAAUUUUUGAUUUUUUUAACAGUGAUAGAUAUGGGAGGCUGUGUAUCAGGUGAUUUAAAAGGUGGAAAACAAGCUAUCGGUGGGACCCUACACAGGCCCAUGGAUCCGCCGCCUAACAAUGGCGGCGGCGGCCACAAUGACGCUGUUGAUUUCUUCUUUCGUUCGCGUGGCCUCCACGCUCUCACUACUCAAAUUGAGCUUGCCCUAUCAGCUUCAAAGUUACUCGACCGUGAUGUCACAUCAAAGAGUGACCCAAUGGCAGUUGUAUAUUUUAAGAAAACAAAUGGGAGUUUAGAGGAAGUUGGCCGCACUGAGGUCAUUUUGAACAGCUUAAAUCCUUCUUGGAUUCAAAAGAUUACAGUUUCUUAUCAUUUUGAGAUAUUGCAGCCAAUUCUCUUUCAAAUCUAUGAUGUGGAUACCAAAUAUCAUAAUGUACCUGUCAAGUCACUAAAGUUGGAGGAUCAGCAAUUUUUGGGAGAAGCCAGCUGUUAUCUUUCUGAGAUAGUGACCAAAAGGAAUCGAAUGGUGACCCUGAAUCUCCAAAACAGAAAUGGGCAUGGAAAUUUGAGAAAUUUAGGAACACUCACUAUCCAUACUGAAGAAACAGCUACUUCCAGGACUGCCAUUGAGUUAGCAUUCCGCUGCUCCAACUUGGACAACAAAGAUCUGUUUUCUCUUAGUGAUCCUUUUUUAAGAAUAUCUAGAAUAGCUGAGAGUGGAGCUCCCAUACCUAUAUGCAAGACUGAGGUGGUAAACAAUAACUUGAGUCCAGUUUGGAAGCCUCUACAUCUAAGCAUGCAGCAAUUUGGAAGCAAGGACAGCCCACUUGUUAUUGAGUGUUUUGAUUUCAACAGCAGUGGCAAUCAUGUCCUUAUUGGCAAGGUUCAGAAAUCAGUGUCUGACCUGGAAAAGGUUCACAUAGAAAGAAGUGGGGUUAAUUUUAUAUCAGCAUCCCAUCGAGGUCGUGAGAAGGUUCUGAAGGGUCAGCUGUUUGUGGAGCGAUUUUUGGAGAAGGAGCAGUACAGUUUUCUGGAUUACAUUUCUAGUGGCUUUGAGUUAAAUUUUAUGGUUGCUGUUGACUUCACUGCUUCAAAUGGAAAUCCUCGAAAUCCAGAUUCCUUGCACUAUAUUGAUCCUUCAGGCCGGUUGAAUUCUUAUCAGCAGGCUAUAAUGGAAGUGGGAGAGGUCAUACAGUUCUAUGAUUCUGAUAGACGUUUUCCUGCGUGGGGUUUUGGGGGAAGGACGCCUGCUGGCACAAUAUCACAUUGCUUCAACUUGAAUGGAAAUCCGAAUGGCGUUGAGGUGGAGGGUGUUGAAGGCAUCAUGUCUGCCUAUGCCGCUGCUUUACACAAUGUUGCUCUGGCAGGACCCACUUUGUUUGGCCAAGUGGUCAAUACAGCGGCACAAAUUGCUGGUCAGUCGCUUUCAGAGACUAACAAGUAUUUUGUCUUGCUCAUUAUAACGGAUGGAGUCCUGACAGAUCUUCAAGAAACUAAAGAUGCUUUGGUGAUGGCUUCCGAUCUUCCACUAUCAAUUCUUAUAGUAGGAGUGGGAGGUGCUGACUUUAAACAAAUGGAGAUCCUCGAUGCUGACCAAGGAUGUCGACUAGAGAGUUCGAGUGGCAGGGUGGCAACACGAGAUAUAGUACAAUUUGUUCCAAUGCGAGAAGUUCACAGUGGACAGCUUUCUGUGGUUCAAGCACUUUUAGAAGAGCUUCCUGGACAGUUUUUGUCAUAUGUUCGGUCUAGAGAUAUCAAACCAUUCCCUCGUCAUACAGCUUAAACUUGAGAGCGAUGCAGCAAUUUUUUUUCGGAUUGAUUGUCAAGUAAGUACCCGAAACUGAAUUAGAAUAGAACAAUCUUAGUUUUAAAUGUACAUAGACGCAGGAUUGUAAAGAAAAGGAAAGCCAGCUGGCCUGUCUGGUCAUUUUAGGAAGUUUACAUUUUUUAAGUGUCUAUUAUUAUUUGAUUCCUUUGUAUAUUAAUUAUCUAUCUCUUCAUGAAGA